AUGACCGCCCCAGCUACCUUCACCCGCUUCCCCGAUCUUUCAGCAGAACUUCAAGUCAUGAUCAUAAACUACACUCUCGAGGAAGACAUGGCGCAGCGUGAAGAUGAAUUGUCAUUGCACCUUCACGCACCCUCAUCCUGCAAAACCAACAACAUCAACAUCGACUCGCAAUCCGCGACUCCUCGCACAACGAUACGGCUACCGAAGCUCCCCUCCGUGUACCACACCAGCCGUCUAUUCCGCAGCGAGGCCCUCCGCACACAGCCUCUGCAUCAAGUUUUCACGAGUAACGCUGUUGCGACACUACAUUCGCGCAGCUCCAUGUUCGUGUACAAUCCAGCGCACGACGCCGCCGUAAACUCUAUCCAAGAAUGUCGUUUGAGAAGCCGUCUUUCCGAUCUUACGACCUUCGACGCCAGUGGGUCGAUGGCUAUCUACAACCCAGUGCACGACACGGUCGUACUCCAAGUCCACGAAUGCUGUUUGAACAGCCUAACCGCCGACCUGUGGCAGCUAUUCCACGUCAUCAAAGCGGCGCUCUGGGCCCCCGAGCGUUGGUUCGUUGUCGCGAUAGUAGAGCGAACGAGAGUGCUUGGGGAGGGUUCACCUGGACGGAGCGUGCAGCAGCGCCUGUUACAUGGGGGAACAUUUGGGUUUUCCUCGGAGACGUUAUAA